AUCAUCAUCGGCUCAGCGCUCCUCAGUCGGACACAGACGGAGCGAUAGAGAAGCUGCUGCUCUGUUCAGAAAAUGGCCGACAGAUUUUCUAGGUUUAACGAAGAGCGUGAUUUCAAGGGUGGGAAUCACUUUGACCACUAUGAAGAGGGCCAGUUGGAGCUGGAGCAGGCGUCCUUGGACAAGCCCAUCGAAUCGGAUAACAUCGGACACCGGCUGCUUCAGAAACAUGGCUGGAAGUUGGGGCAAGGUCUCGGCAAAAGCAUGCAGGGACGCACCGACCCCGUGCCCAUCACCCUCAAAUACGACGUCAUGGGGAUGGGACGCAUGGAGAUGGAGCUGGACUAUGCAGAGGACGCCACAGAGAAGAGAAGAGUGCUCGAGGUGGAGAAGGAGGACACAGAAGAACUGCGGCAAAAAUACAAGGACCAGGUGGAGAAGGAGAAAGCCAUUGCAAAGGCUCUGGAAGACCUGAGAGCCAAUUUCUACUGUGAGCUGUGUGACAAACAGUACACCAAACACCAGGAGUUUGACAACCACAUCAACUCGUACGACCACGCUCACAAGCAGCGUCUCAAAGAGCUCAAGCAGAGAGAGUUCGCUCGCAACGUUUCGUCCCGUACCCGCAAAGGUGGGAAGAAGCACGAAAAGAUGCUGCGCCGACUGCACGAGCUGGCCGAGCAGAGGAAACAACAGGACCGCACGCCAGGAAGUGGCCCCAUGUUCAAACCGACCACCGUUGCUGUCGACGGAGAGAAGUCGGAAGACGGCGACCUGACGCCCGAGAACGCCGCUUUACCGGACUGCGUCCUGGAAGGACCUUUUGUAGACAAAAGUGAAGAAAACUCCCCGAGGGCAGCUCCCACCAUCAGCUUCUCUCUGGGGAAGAACACCUCCACCUCCCCAACACCGUGUGGAGCGUCCAAAGUCAGCGUGUCCUUCUCGUUUGCCAAGAAGGCUCCGGUGAAGCUGGACACGGUCGCUGCGGUGUUUGCCGAUCACGGAGAGGAAGCCGUGGAGGAAGAGGAGGGCCAGGAGGGAGAGAGGGCCGCAGGGCAGGAGGAGACAUCGGGCAGCAGCUCAAACAGCCCCAAGGACGGAUCGGGAGGGGGCGAAGGAGCAGAGGGCGCCGUUGCCGUUGCCGUGGCGGAGGCGGAGGAGGCGGAGCAGCCGGACGACGGAGCUUCUUUAGCCUCCACCCUCAAUAAGCUGAAGAUGAUGAUGAAAAAAGAGGAGGGCUAUGCUGGACAGGAGCCCGAGUACUAUCACUACAUACCUCCGGCCCACUGCCGGGUGAAGCCUCACUUCCAGUUUCUGCUCUUCAUGAGAGCCACGGACCAGUGUCCGACCAAAGAAGAGGAAGAUGACGAGGAGGAGGACAAGGAGGAGGAGGAGGACGACAAGGAGGAGGCCAAGGAGGAGAAGAAGGCUAAAGACAGUCCUGAAAAAACGGAAGCCGACGUCGCAGAGUGCAGAGCGGAGAAAGAACAAGAUGACAUCACUUCACCAGCCCCUCCCUCGCCCGACGUGGAGACGGAGGACGUCCCUUCGCCGGAUGCAGAAACGGCCCCCGUCGCUCCCGCGUCCCCUCCUCGAAAAGCGGAGACCGCGCCGGAUUCCGCUCUCGACGCCGACUCGGGCCCCAAAGUCCCCACGGGUCCCUUCUUCCCGGUUCUGAGUAAAGACGAGAGCACGACCCUGCAGUGGCCCUCCGAGCUCCUGGAAUUCACCAAAGCACAGCCCUCGCUGUCGUACAGCUGCAAUCCCCUCUACUUCGACUUCAAGCUGUCCCGCAACAAAGGAGUGCGCGGUGGGAAAGCGGCAAAGUCCUCAAAGCCUUGUGAAGAAUCGAAUGACAAGGCGAAAGAGUCGGCCCAAGAAGGUAAGACUAAUAAACCGGGGACCAGCACCGACAGAGACAAGGCAGCAAUGGCGGCAGAGACGGCCGAGGGGGGGGAGCAAAAGCCCGAGACCGGCGGCGCCAGCAGCAGCAGCGCCAAGAAGAAAAAGAAGAAGAAGAAGCAUAAGAAGUCCGCAAAGCGCUCCAAGCGCAAAGGAAAAGACACGGCGGCGAAGGAAGAUGUGGAGGGCGAGGCUGAGGCGGCUCAAGAGAAACCCAAGAAGAAGAAAAAACACAAACGGAAGAAGAGCAAAAACAAGGCUCCGGAUCAGGAUGAGGCUGCAGGCGACGGAAAGGAGGAGCCAAAGUCGGAAGAAAAGGCCGUCGCCUCCUCUGUUACACUGGCGGCGGGAGGGGGCGGGGCUACGGGGAACGUCGAGUCGGGGAAGAGGAAGCGCGCUGCGAAGGAACCGCCCUGCAAGUCGGGAGCAGAGGAAGGCGGAGCGGCACGAGGCGGCGACAGGGCGAACGCCUCGGAGGAGCACAGAGGCGCCAAGCGACACAAGGCCGACUCCGGCGCGCCUCAGAGCGCCUCCUGCUCCACCUCGGCACAAAAGAGCCCCGGCCCCGCUCGGCCCCCCAGCAGCGAGAGCGAGGAAGAAGGCGGCUCCAACACCCAGCACCGCUCACGCCAUCACCGGUCGAGUCCUCGGGAACAACAACAACCACAACAACAACAACAACAACAACAGCAGCAGCAGCAGCGGCGCCAUCACAGCGAGGAAUCCCGGCGGUCCUGCAGCCGCUCCUCGAGGCGCGGCGAGAGACGGGGCAGCAGUCGCCGGCGCCACCGCGGCCAGACGUCCCGCAGCCACUCGUACUCCAGCAGCUCGGAGCGCUCGUCGGCGGGCAGCAGCGCCUACAGCCGCCGCAGCCGCAGCUACUCGGACAGCUACAGCGACUACAGCAAAGAGGGCCGCGGGCGGAGGCGCUCCAAGCGCUCGUCGGACUCGGAGUACGAGCGGCGGGGGAGCCGCGGGCGGAGGCGCUCCAGGAGACGCCAGUCGUCCUCGUCGUCCUCGGAGGAGUCCCGCUCGCGCUCGCGCAGCUACGGCCGCCGGAAGAGGCACCGGCGGCACCGGCGCCGCCACCACCAGCGCAGCAGCAGCUCGAGAAGCUCCAGCAGCUGGAGCCGCAGCACCAGCGCCAGAUCCUGGAGGCGGAGCUACAGCCGCAGCCACAGCUCCGCCAGCCGCUCCUCCAGCUCCACCAAGGGCUCCUCGCGCCGCCGGGCCCCUCGGGCGCGGGCGGAGGCCGACGCGCAGCGCAGAGACUUCAACCGCUCCUGCGUCUACCGCUCGCAGUCGCCACGCUUGUCCUCGUCGCGAGGCCUCAACCGCAACAGCCACUCCUCCGGGCCGCAGGCGGCGAGGUCCGGGGUGUCGCGGGACGCAGGCGACCAGAAGAACAGCCUGACGGCGCGCCAGCUGCUGGAGAAGGUCCAGUCUAAGAAAAGCUCCGAUGAUUCCACCACGGGAACCAAAUCUGGGCUGAAGAUCAAGGACCCGCCGCAGGGAUACUUUGGUCCCAAGCUGCCGCCGACCCUCGGGAGCAAAGCCAUGCUGCCGCUGUUUGGUAAGCUGCAGGCCGGCAAGAAGCUCAUGAUCCCUCUGACCCGACCGGACGAGGGAGACAAGUCCGGAGCGGGCAAGUGCUCUGAGCCGGAGGUCAUCCUGGUGGAGCCGAUCCGAGAGUUCCCCCCCCCUCCCCCGCCGCCGCCUCCGGCCCCGCCGGUCCAGAAGGUGGAGGAGGCCCCACAGGUCGUAGUGGUGCAAGAGGAGGUGCUGCAUCCCGCCGCCGAAGCCCAGCUGCACCAGGAACCGGGGCCGAUGUACGAACAGGACCCGUCCAUGGCCAUGGCCCAGUACCAGGGAGAAGCGGUACAGGACCCCUGUCAAAAUCCCAUGCUGGACCCCCUCAUGACGGAAAUGCAGCAGCAGCAUCAGCAGCAGCAGAUGCACGUGUACCCGGCCUACCCCCCGCCCACCAUGGAGGAGGAAUGCAUGGAGGCGGAGGAGGACGGCCUGGCUCCUCUGGAGAGUCAGCCCAUCACCUUCACGCCGGAGGAGAUGGAGAAGUACGGCAAGCUGCAGCAGGCCGCGCAGCAGCACAUCCAGCAGCAGCUGAUGGCCAAGCAGGUCAAGACGUUCCCCUCCGCCGCCGCAGCCGCCGCCGCCGCAGCGGCAAACAUGGCCGCCAACAUGGCGCCGGCUCAGCCCCCCCAGGCCAUGCAGCAGAUCCACAUCCAGCAGCCCACCGUGUCCAUGGCCUCCGGCACGUCGAUCACCACGGUGCAGCACGCCAUCCUGCAGCACCACGCCGCCACCGCCGCGGCCAUGGGGCUCCACCCGGCGCACGCCCACCACCCGCACCCUGCGCACCAGCUGGCCCAGGUGCACCACAUUCCUCAGCACCACCUUACCCCCAUCUCCCUGUCCCCCCUGGGCCACUCCCUGAGCCACUCCCUGGGCCACUCUCUGGGCCACUCGCUAGGUCACUCCCUGGGACACGCAGGCCUGAUCCCCGCCCACCACACGGCCUUCCUCUCCGGUCAGCCCAUCCACAUCAUCCCGGCGUCCGCGCUGCACCACACCCCGCUGGCGCUCCACCACCUGCCGCAUCACCUCUACCCGACGCUGUUUGCGCAGCGGCCCUCGCAGGCUGCGGCGGCGGCGGCCCUCCAGCUCCACCCGCUGCUGCACCCAAUCUUCUCAGGGCAGGACCUGCAGCACCCACCCAACCACGGCUCUUGAGGAACCUGGACGUCCGGGUUCAGGACUUUGAGGAUGAACCACCCGCUGGCCGGCGAGCAGAAGGUGGAGCCAUCAAGUGGGGCCGCCUGCGUUGGGCUCAAAGGGGACUUCAACGUUGUCUUCUGGCUCGUGGGAUUUUUUUUUUUCUUGUUGAGGGGUCGAUCUAAAAAGACGGUAGUUUCUAUUUCAGCUGAAGGUGUAUUAACACCUGUUUGUGUUUCAAUGAGAAACCACUGGAGUUUUUUUUUUGUUCUCUUUUGGCUGAAGCCAAAUCAUGUCGAGAGGCGGAGGACGUGACUCUGUGACCUACUUAUACUUACUGAUAUCGUUGGUUUUCAUAUGACUACUUGCUCUCUACUGGUCUCUAAUAAUUUGUAAUGCAGUAACUUGUACAUAUAUCAGUGUGUAAUGUGAAGAAUCCCACCAAUGAUGAGCAUUUGAAAGGACAGCUGUGGUGUCCUGACCGGUGUGACGUAGGGAGGUGAAGCUGCACCUGAAUAAAUUGCACUGAAAAUCUGUACAUCAAGGUGGUGCGUUUGCAUCAUGUAACAAUAAGAUUGUAGUAUACUGCAAUAAUUGUAUUUUUCUGUUUUUAAAUUAUUUUCCCAAAUGCUCUUCUGAAGAAGAACAGUGUUUUUUGCUUUUGUGUAAUUUUGUAAAUAAAGCUGCUGUAGAUGAACCUAAUAACAUUCUAGAGGUUUUGGUAAAAAGCAGAAGGAUGGAAGAAGGUUGAGUGGGAGUAUUUUAUCACGUUUGUUUAUACAUUAGCGCGCUUAAGCCGGGCUGCCAUGGCAAAGGAUAGUGAUCCGUCGAACAGUAACAACUCUGUAUUUUCUAAGAACUUACUGUUUCAGCAAAUAAAAUCUUGAGUUCA